AUGUGUAGUGAUGCGUGGUACUCAGGACAGCCAGGCCGUCCUGAGUCGACAGGUGGCGCCAGCUCGAUUCAAAGGAAUCGAGACGGAGUUCCAACAUGGUCGGGGGAGACUGUGUUGUUUGAGGAGUAUGUAGAAGCAUGCCUGCUCUAUGAACAGACAGUGGCUAGGGAGAAACGCUAUCUGUGUGGUCCCAGAUUGGCAUCAGAACUCAAGGGUCCAGCUCGCCGUGUGCUGAUCGGACGGCCAGCUGACUGGUUGUCAAACGAGUCAGGUGUCCGUCGAUUGGUAGCGGCAUUACGUCAGGAAAGAGGUCAGCCGAAGGUACCAGAGUUGUCUGAACUGCUGCAGAAAUACUUUCGUGGCACUAGGAGAACCAGGGGAGAGACCAUGGGUGAUUUCAUUCUGCGGAAGUCUGAGGCCUACACCAGAGCACAACAGUCCAUGGCCAGGUACAUGAAGUGGGACAUCGCGAGUGCGCCGGCAUCAGAAGCACCGGCCACCAAUGGCCCAGACGGUGCAGAGAGCCCCAGGGAGGAGCUUGACUUCCAGGAUCCUGACGAGGAGGAUGAUCCUUGGCAGAACUGGAAUCAGCAAUGGUCCUGGAAUGGCUGGUACCAUGGAGGAUGGUGCCUCUUCAUGGACGCUGGACUUGAUGUCAUGGAAAGAAACGUCCUGCAUGCCGAGCUCAAGGGCACCUUUGGCGUGCGAGAAGUGGAACAAGUGCUGCGAAAGCAUCGGUCCGAUCAUGACCUCAAGAAGAGAGAUGCCGAGAAGGGACGCUACAUGGCCAAUGUCAAUGUAGAACUCACGGAGGAGGACACCGGGUGUUAUGGUGAGGUUGAACCAGAUGACCUGGAAGCAGAGGGUUUCUCUGCUGACGAGAUUCACGUGAUGAUGACAGAAGAGGAAGCCGCCCAACCAUGA